UCAGAGCGCUCCCCCUCACAUCAGUGGCAUGCUUCAUGGAGAUAUGCUUCUCUCACUGCCCUCUGCACCAGCAACAUGGAUUGUCACCUCUCCAUCCUCCUCUUUCUCAGCUGCCCUGCUCUCAACUGCUUCGGGGAACUGAUUCUCCAACCUUCCAAUGAAGUCAAUCUACUGGAUUCAAAAACAAUUCAAGGGGAGCUGGGCUGGAUCUCUUCUCCAUCGCAUGGGUGGGAAGAGAUCAGUGGUGUUGAUGAACAUUAUACACCGAUCAGGACCUACCAGGUGUGCAAUGUCAUGGAUCACAGUCAAAAUAAUUGGCUGAGGACAAACUGGGUGCCCCGGAACUCAGCUCAGAAGAUCUAUGUGGAGCUCAAAUUCACUCUAAGGGACUGCAAUAGCAUUCCACUGGUUUCGGGAACUUGCAAGGAGACUUUUAACCUGUACUAUAUGGAGUCUGAUGAUGAUCAUGGAGUCAAAUUCCGAGAGCAUCAGUUUACAAAGAUUGACACCAUUGCAGCUGAUGAGAGUUUCACUCAAAUGGAUCUAGGUGACCGUAUUCUUAAACUCAAUACUGAAGUUAGAGAAGUAGGUCCUGUCAACAAAAAGGGAUUUUACUUGGCUUUUCAAGAUGUUGGUGCCUGUGUUGCCUUGGUGUCUGUGAGAGUAUACUUCAAGAAAUGCCCCUUUACAGUGAAGAAUCUGGCUAUGUUUCCAGACACAAUACCCAUGGAUUCCCAGUCCCUGGUGGAGGUUAGAGGUUCUUGUGUUAACAAUUCUAAGGAGGAAGAUCCUCCCAGGAUGUACUGCAGUACAGAGGGAGAAUGGCUUGUCCCCAUUGGCAAAUGCUCAUGCAAUGCUGGAUAUGAAGAAAGAGGUUUCAUGUGCCAAGCUUGUCGACCAGGUUUCUACAAGGCUUCAGCCGGUAAUAUGAAGUGUGCUAAGUGCCCACCUCACAGUUCUACUCAAGAAGAUGGUUCAAUGAACUGCAGGUGUGAGAAUAAUUACUUCCGAGCAGAAAAAGACCCUCCAUCCAUGGCUUGUACCCGACCUCCAUCUGCACCAAGAAAUGUUAUCUCUAAUAUAAACGAGACCUCGGUUAUCCUGGACUGGAGUUGGCCCCUAGACACAGGAGGCCGGAAAGAUGUUACCUUCAAAAUCAUAUGCAAAAAAUGUGGGUGGAAUGUAAAACAGUGUGAGCCAUGCAGCCCAAAUGUCCGCUUCCUCCCUCGACAGUUUGGACUCACCAACACCACAGUGACGGUGACAGACCUCCUGGCACACACUAACUACACUUUUGAGGUUGAUUCAAUUAAUGGGGUGUCAGAGCUGAGCUCACCACCAAGGCAGUUUGCUUCGGUCAGCAUCACAACUAAUCAGGCAGCCCCUUCACCUGUUGUGACAAUUAAGAAAGAUCGGACGUCCAGAAACAGCAUCUCUCUAUCCUGGCAAGAACCUGAACACCCUAAUGGAAUCAUAUUGGACUAUGAGGUCAAAUACUAUGAAAAGCAGGAACAAGAGACGAGUUAUACCAUUUUGAGGGCAAGAGGCACAAAUGUUACCAUCAGUAGCCUCAAGCCUGACACUACAUAUGUAUUUCAAAUCCGAGCACGAACAGCAGCUGGAUAUGGGACCAACAGCCGCAAGUUUGAGUUUGAAACUAGCCCAGACUCUUUCUCCAUCUCUGGUGAAAAUAGCCAAGUGGUAAUGAUUGCCAUUUCAGCUGCAGUAGCAAUUAUUCUCCUUACAGUCCUUGUAUACAUUUUGAUUGGAAGGUUCUGUGGCUAUAACAAGUCAAAACAUGGCACAGAUGAAAAGAGACUUCACUUUGGGAAUGGACAUUUAAAACUUCCAGGUCUCAGGACUUAUGUCGACCCACAUACUUACGAAGACCCUACCCAAGCAGUUCAUGAGUUUGCCAAGGAAUUGGAUGCCACCAACAUAUCCAUUGACAAAGUUGUUGGAGCAGGUGAAUUUGGAGAAGUGUGCAGUGGACGCUUAAAACUUCCUUCAAAAAAAGAGAUUUCAGUGGCCAUCAAGACUCUGAAAGUGGGCUACACAGAAAAGCAGAGGAGAGACUUCCUGGGAGAAGCAAGCAUUAUGGGACAAUUUGACCAUCCCAAUAUCAUUCGACUUGAGGGAGUUGUUACUAAAAGUAAGCCUGUUAUGAUUGUCACAGAAUACAUGGAGAAUGGUUCCUUGGACAGUUUCUUACGGAAACAUGACGCCCAGUUUACUGUGAUCCAGCUAGUGGGAAUGCUUCGAGGUAUAGCAUCUGGCAUGAAAUACUUGUCAGAUAUGGGCUAUGUUCAUCGAGACCUCGCUGCUCGGAACAUUUUGAUCAACAGUAAUUUGGUAUGCAAGGUUUCCGAUUUUGGACUUUCACGUGUUUUAGAGGAUGACCCAGAAGCUGCGUAUACAACAAGAGGAGGGAAGAUCCCAAUCAGGUGGACAUCACCAGAAGCUAUAGCUUACCGCAAGUUUACCUCAGCCAGCGAUGUGUGGAGUUACGGGAUCGUUCUCUGGGAGGUGAUGUCCUAUGGAGAGAGACCAUACUGGGAGAUGUCCAAUCAGGAUGUAAUUAAAGCUGUGGAUGAGGGCUACCGACUGCCACCCCCCAUGGACUGCCCAGCUGCCUUGUAUCAGCUGAUGCUGGACUGCUGGCAGAAAGACAGAAACAACAGACCCAAGUUUGAGCAGAUUGUCAGCAUUCUGGACAAGCUUAUCCGGAACCCCAGCAGUCUGAAGAUCAUCACCAGUGCAGCAGCAAGGCCUUCAAACCUUCUUCUGGACCAAAGCAAUGUUGACAUCACUACCUUUGGCACAGCAGGGGACUGGCUUAACGGUGUCCGGACAGCACAGUGCAAGGACAUCUUCACAGGCGUUGAGUACAGUUCUUGUGACACCAUAGCCAAGAUUUCCACAGAUGACAUGAAAAAAGUUGGUGUCACUGUGGUUGGGCCACAGAAGAAGAUCAUCAGUAGCAUUAAAGCACUAGAAACACAAUCAAAGAAUGGUCCAGUUCCAGUGUAACCUGUUACUUCUGGAAGGAAAUGGUGGCUGAGAAGGAUGCAGCAUCACUUUGGAGAGAGAUAAUAAUUCUGGAGAUACUGUUGGAAAUUCCAAGCCCAUAAGACACUCAGAUAUGAGUACAAAUGCCUUAAAAUGGAAUUGAAAAACUUUAUAUUCCCCUAUCACUUAAUGGAUGGGUGGGUGGCUGUAUUUUGUUUUAUAAUUGCUCAUCUUAUGUUAGUUGAUGGAUUGAACUGAGAUUCUUCAGUGCAAAAUGGUGAGGAACUAGCAUAGAGCCAUUGACCAUAAACUGACUGUCAUAAAAGCAAAACAAGUGAAAAAACAAAAUGGACACGGUGGCUUUGUUUACUAAUAGCCACAAUAUAAAACUUGCAAUAUUUUUAUACACAGAAGAAAUCUGUAACAGGUAUUUUGUUUCUUUAAAAGCAAGCAAAAUAGAGGAAUUUAUACCUCAAACUGUCUGGCCAUAUUUACUACCUUAUCAUUGUAUUACUCUCUUUUAUCUGUUAAAAGUAUAUAGAAAUGAAGUUUGUAGUUGUUUUAAGUACUAAACAUUUUUAAAUUGUUAGCCUCUUUAAGUGUUAUGUAAAAAAGUCUUAAUUUUGAAAAAAUACAUAUUUAUUUUCUUUUGAAUUUUUUAUUGUUUUAUAUUUAUGCUUUGAUGUUUUAACUAGGAUUUGUUACAGCCAAGUGCCAAAUGCUCUCUUAAAUUGUCAGCAGUAGGAAACAUGGUUAACUAGACAUAAUGAAUGAUGGAAUUGUUUCCAGAUACUUUGCACCAUCCACUUAUAUGUAUUAUGUAAGAAAAAUGAAAGCCUUGCCCUGUCCAUACACUAACCACAUAACUCAGAGUCUGAAUUACCCUAUCCAUUUUUGUCUCUUCAUUUAUUAUAUACAGCAUGUCCCUAAUUUAGUAUAAUAUACUGGCUUGUAUGUAAUGGAUUCUCAACGAGAUGAUACACCUGCCCUGUUCUGGUGUUUAGGAGACCAUUAACUCGCUUCAUGGUGAAGAAGCCAUGUUAGAGCACCUGACUAGAGAAUAGCUACACUGGGAAGAAUCAGAAUCCUAUUUAGAUUGCUGUGUUAACCAGAAGCAUAGCCAAAAAGCUAAUGCAUGAGUCAAAAAAUCACUUGCUGAAUGGCUUUGAAAAGUCACUUAAUACUUUUGCCUAAAUUUGCUGAGCUGUUUGAUAACUAAGCUAUUGGCAUACAUCAUUGGGAUUUAGAGUCAAUUAAUUAGACAUUUUGGUCAUCAAUACAAGGUUUUAUUAUUUUUAAGAGUCUUCCAUUGCAAUACACCUGUUAUAAUUUGGGGCAUAACUUAUAUGCAUUGAACUUUUCUGCAUUUAUUGAACAUAUCAAUUUCAAAUUCAUAAUCUAGCAAAUGUCUCAAACUCCAUAGGCAGUGGAGAGAUCUCUCAUUGCAGGAAUUUAGACUUUCUAUUCUGUAAAGCAAAUUAUGAGCAUGCUCAGUAAUAUUUGAAAAGAUGUACCUGGUGGGGAGGUAGCUACUAAUAUAUUCUGAAGCAACAAUUUAACUCUAUCUAUACUCUCUAAGGCUGAUAUAUUGAUCAUGUCAUGGAUAUAGGAAAUGCAUAUUUCAUUAGAAGAAAAUGGAUAAAACAUUGCUGCAACCUUUAUGUUCUUAUGCAAAAUGAAACACUAAUGAAAUACCGCCUUCAGGCACAGGUCAAAAUUCACAAGUGCUAAUGUCUUUGAAGUUUCGUGACUAAGGCUUAGGUUGUGUUCCUUCAUCUAUGAGAUUGGUUCUCAAAUUCUGGCAAUAUUCCUUACAGUCAAUCAACCUACUAGAAUUCUGUGUUGGAUUUAUAAGAGCAUGAACUUUAAAAAAAAUAUAUAUGGGGUUAUGAAAUUAAUCACAAAUUUCACUUAAGCCUGCUAGAAGCAGGUAGAAAAACAUUUAUUUAAAUAAAACAUUUUGUGUUGUGGAAUGUUAGAUUGAGAUCUAAAUCUGGCUUCAAUCUCAUCUUCUCCCAGAACAGUGUUUACUUCCUUAGAUACUAUCCUAAGCAUGUUGAACAAAUCUGUGCAUUUCAUAAACACAUGGAAGUGAGGAUUGGUUGGAUCUAAUUCAUUUAUUUGGGCUGUGAUUUCAGUUUGAAUGUAGAGGUUGUAUACACAGUAUGUUGCUCUUCACUUAUCAAUAUUUUUCUACCUGACCUCUUAUAGAUUUACCUUACACAAUUCUUACCCUGUACAUAUGUAAACAUAACUGUGUAUGAUUCUUACCUAUGGAGUAGAGGUACUAGAAUGCUUGUGGCCAUCUCUUUGUACAGGAACUACAUUGACUUUGGAUAAACAUGAAACCACAAUUUCUUCACAAUAUUAUGUACCAUACUAUCUGUUUUGUAUCUUAAAUUUAAUUUACAUUUAUUAUUUAUUUUUGUUAACUUACCCUGUUUAUUCUGUACUGAGUAUCAGUUAUGCCAUGUAUAAAUGUGAUAUCUUUGGCAUUAGGUAUUUACAUAUUUUCACAUUACUCAUUUAGUUAAUGUGCAAUCGUAGAUGGCCUCUUACUAAUGUAAAAUGAUUUG